UCGAGCUUGCUGGGCACAGAGCACAGAUAGCCCUUGCUCACUCGUCUCUCCUCGCCCGCAUCGUUCGUCACCAGACUCCUAGUAUACCGCAGUGUUGAGCCAUGAAGAGGUCACUUCCAUCAGAGCUCGUUGUUCUCAUGUUCUUUCUGGUCAUUCCACUACACCAGGCUCGACCAUUUGGUGUGUACGAGGAAGAUGCCGAUCUAUCGCUGUUACCUCCCACGAUCAAUGAAGCUUCAGAUGAGGCUCUGCUUGGCUACAUAGAAGAACCUGAACGGAGCAGCAACAGCGAGGACGUAGUCACCUCAGGCUUCGCGUUGCCGGAUGAUGCACUGCUCCGGCCCGCGCGCUCGCCGCCGCCACCUCAGGCGAACUCCCCGCCGCAACCGGCAAUCCGGGAGCGGCGCUCGUCCCACGCUUGUGUAGGUGGGUUGCGCAGGUCGCCUGCUCCCCCGGCGCCCACAGGAUGCAGGUCGCCGCAUCGGUGCCGGUCAAGUGAACAGCCGGCCCCUAAGCUGCUCAAUGUGUUGGACGAGAUUCUUCGUAUGUUAGAUAGGCUGAUGAGCCAGAGUAGGGCAGUUGAAAUUGCGGAAAUCGUUCGACGUGCGUGGUAGUCGAAAAUCGUGUUGACAUCCCAGUUCAAUUCUUAGCUGUUUGGUCAUGUACUUUGCUUGGCGAUCGGUGCGCAUAACCCAAUUGUUGAGCAGCAAUGUGCAUGACAAACAACGCAUGCACUAACGCUGUUGUGCUCCCCCAAUAUGAAGCAUGUGGAUGCAGUGUCUAGCAUGUCGGUCAUGUUUCGGCUGCAACAACGAUGUCACUUGCUGCUAGCCUCGCGACGUGCACAUGCACCGACGGUACACGGGAGCAGGGGUGAAGCCAACCGAGAACGUCAUCGAGUCAGCUCCAUUAAACAUGGGAUCAAGCUUAACGAUAAA